AUGUGUUUUAAUAAGUUUUCGGCAACUCUUCAAGGAUAUGUGACUGGAUUACAGGACACCUCUACAGUUCUACAGACAUGGGUACACCCCGAGUAUUUAUACCUCGAGUGGACACCAAUUGAGAACAUAUCAAGAAACUCUAGCGUGCCUAACAAUUUUCUCACUUACCAAAUUAUGGGUACUACGUCACAUUCAGUGAUCCAACUGAAAAGGGAAACAACUCACGCGAAUGUAUCUACUUCUUCCUAUCCUGGCAUGCUAUUUUUUAUCAGACUCUUUGGAAACGGCAAACAUUUAGCCACAAGAUUUGUGAGAUCUGCAUGUGGUACUACACACAGGAUGACAAACAACAUGGCAUCAUUUAUUACGUCACCGAAUUAUCCAGAAAAAUCGCGAUCAAUGACGGUAUGUAGAUGGACAUAUAAGGGUGAUGCGGAUAAAUGGUUUAAAUUAACACAGAAUGACGUAGUAUUACCGCAUGAUUCCUGUCAAACAUUUAUCAACAUAUCGGGUCAACCGCUGUUGUGUAAAACGUCAUCAACUGAAGAUGUCUUCUACGUCACAUCAAAUGUGACCACAGUGGAAUUCGUGAGCAGAUCACAAGGUGGACAUUUCAACUUCACUAUUGAAGCUAUACCGUCGCUAGAGCUGCCAACCAACAUCACAGCACGAAAUAUUGACGACGUCGUCCGUGUUUCGUGGAUAGAUGUGAACCCUAUCGUACGAAAUCUGUAUUAUAUGGUGAUAUAUAAUGUAAUACCAUCUUUGAUCGAAACCAUACAACAAAUGGCCUCCAACACUUCCCAUUACGAUAUCGACGUGAAAGGUCACAAAGGUCAAUUGUUCAACAUUUCCCUAGCUCUAAAAAUGCCUUACUGGAAAAGCAAUAGAACGUCGGCAGUUAUAAUGCGAUCAGGAUGUCACGAGGAAUUUUACCUACAAGAAAGACAAUCGAUAAUCCUGACUACCCCUAAUUUCCCUCAGGAUACAGAAAGUAAUAUCCUCUGUACCUGGGAUGGGUCAACCUCUCCGAACGCUUUUCUUAGUAUAUCAAUGAUAGAUACUGAUGUAUCAUAUGACCUUAACAUUCCACGGAAAAUAAUUUCAGUGACAUCACCUAAUGAGACAAUAACACAUCUACUAGUCCCAAAUAAGCCUCUGGUUAUGGAAGGACAUUAUGUAACGGUACAAUUACGAACGGACGGGUUAAGAUAUUCUGGAUUUAGGCUGAUGGUCAGAUCAGUUGCCCCUCCAACAUUACCACCACAGCACGUGCAAGUCCAACUGACUGGACCCAGCAUGCUACUGACCUGGAGGUCACCUUCACUUCGUGGCAGUGAUGUCAUAAAAUAUGUUAUCUUAUAUGACGUUAUGCCUGAUGUUAAAGGUCAAGAGUUGAAUGUAAAUAAAUCCACCAAUCAGUAUACACUGAGUACUCGUGCGUACAAGGGGAGAUUAUUCAGCAUUGGUAUUCAGGCUGUUACCGAAGGCGGCCGAAGUCACAUAUCCAGACCUAUAUACGUCAGAACACACUGCGGCGGAAUGAGAUCACUAAAACAUCACGAUACGAUGCUAAUUAUCUCCCCUGGAAACAAACAGGAUGAAUAUCCGCCAGAUGUCGUAUGUAAAUGGGCAAUUUCAACAAAUGAGUUACUUUGGCUUAAAGUUGACGUUGAGAAAUUUGAAUUAGAAAAUUCCCUUAGUUGUGUCUCAGACUUUUUGGAAAUCAAUGGACGUCGUUAUUGCGGAUCAAAUAUACAAAGUACUCUUUUAUACAAGACCAAUUAUAUCGAGAUGGUGUUUGUUACAAACGAACAAAUACAGGACAGUGGCUUUAUACUUACUGCCAAAGCUGUUGCACCCGCCCCGGACCCUCCAGAACAGAUCUGGACGACGUCUUCUGAAUAUGGGCUUAUUGUGAGGUGGACGAUGCCGAAUCAAAACCAUGCUUACGUCAUAGGAUAUAGAGUUAACUUCCGGUAUAAGAACUUUUCUAGGGUUGAGGGAAUACUAACAUCCGGUGAAAGCAUGCUGACAAAUGAAAACAGCUGGCAUAGCGUUGUUAUCAACAAGGAUACUUUUAUUUACGUCAUCAAUACCCUUGCUAGUCCAGGUGCAGUGAUUGAGAUUUGGAUGGAAAGUCUUGGUGAGGCUUCUAACAGUGCCUCUACUGAUGUUAUUACUUCACGUACACAUUGUGGUGGAACUAUUAAAUUUAAAAACAGAACAGAGUAUAUAUCAUCCCCCAAAUUUCCUGAUAUGGACAAUAACGACAUAUAUUGUCUGUACCACGUCAUAGGUGAAGUGGAAGUGAAUCUAACCAUUAUUGAUGUGAAAUUUCAAAAUGACGACCCCACCAAGCAUUGUUCUUAUGGAUAUUUACUUGUGGAUGGAAUGGAAUUUGGAUGUGGACAGCACACAAGCGACGUGACCACUUUUUUCUAUGGAUAUGAAUUCAUUAUCAAGUAUCAUAGUAAUGAUGGUCGUUCCAGAUUCCUGCUGGAGCUCAAACUAUCUAAACGUAUAGAGAAAGUCGUGGAUGAUUCCUUAACUAAUAAUUAUAGUUACAUUACACUACCUAAUAUAAUUCUUUUGAUACCUUCUGUAUUUUUGAGUCGUGUAUUUUUCUAG